UGUAGUCUGCGUUGUGUAGUGAUGAAUUAUAAAGUGAUUCUGUCUUUUUUUGAUCAAUUCUUUUCAGUGCCCUUGAUAAGAAUCCAGAUGGCAAUAAUUCAGAUCAUUUUCUUCAUUAUCAUCAGCAGCUCUUUGUUACUACACACUCAUUCAGCUGAUGUGUAUUCAGCUUUACUUCCACACACAGUAACAGCUCUCACAGGAUCUUGUGUACAGAUACCCUGCACAUUUGAUGUCUCUGGUUUCGAUGAGAAACUGAAGAAAACAAAACAGAUUCAUAGAAUUUGGCUGAUGAAGUCUCCACACCUUGGUCGAGAAAAUAGUUUGGUAGUGUUUAACAGCAGUGAAAACAUCAUCCCAGGAUUCAGUCACAUAGAGAUGAUUGGAAACCUGACUGAGAGAAACUGCACCACUGUCUUCUAUAACAUCAUGAUGAAUCAUUCAGACGUUUAUUACUUCAGACUGCAAAUGGAGCCAAAUGUGUUCAAAGGAACAUUUAACCCCAAUUCAGCUGAUUCAAGUGAUUCAAGCAAGACAGUCAGGAUCAAUGUUACGGAUUCACCACAUCCUCCUGAACUCAGUAUCACUCCAGAUGUGAAACAAUAUGUGCUGGAGGGGACUUCAGUCAGUCUGAGGUGUUCUGCUGAAGCUCCCUGCCCAAAAAAUCCUCCUACAUUAUCUUGGUCUCUCAUCCCCACAUCUGCAAACAUCACAACACAGUUACAAGAGAAACCUGAUAAAACUCAAUCUGUGAUUUCCACAAUGACCUUCAAUGCUUCAUACACGGAUCACAAGAAGAACAUCUCCUGCACUGUAACAUAUUCAACACACAUCUCUAAAGACACAACUGUGGAAAGCACCAUAAUGUUACGAGUUCAGUUUCCUCCAAAAAAGACAUCUAUCAGUGUUGAACCAUCUGCUUCAGUCUCUGUGGGCACUAAUGUGACUUUGACCUGCAAAACCAAAGCCAGUCCUUCAAAAAACAUUAGCUACACCUGGUACAAACGUGGACAGGAGACACGUCUAGCCUGGAAGAAUAAUUUUACCCUCAUUGUUACUCAUAAUAAUACAGGAUGGUAUUCCUGCACAGCACAGAAUAAAUUUGGCAACCAGACGUCAGAAGAGAUCCAGCUCAUAAUAAAAGAGCACAAUGGAUCCUCUAAAUCUGUGAUUUAUGGCUGUACAGGAGGACUUCUGACUUUACUUGUGCUUUCUGCAGGAUUUGUUUAUUGCGUGAGGACAAGAGCAUCCAGUCAGACCAACAUCAAAGGAAGAGAUGAGACUGAUGAUAAAAAUAAAGACAUGGAGAUCUAUUCUAACAAUGCUGUUGAGAUGACCAUAAAAACUGAGGUGACUGAGGACGAGACGGAUGAGAUCCAUUAUGGAGAGAUUGACUUCUCCGACCUCCACACAGACAACGUGACCAGAAAAGACCCUGAGACAGAGUAUGCUGAGAUUCAAAGAUCAAAGAGAAAAUUAAACAGUGACCAGAAACAGGAGGACCUCUACGCUCAGGUCAAGACAAAGUUGAUGAAUUAUAAAGUGAUUCUGUCUUUUUUUGAUCAAUUCAUUUCAGUGCCCUUGAUAAGAAUCCAGAUGGCAAUAAUUCAGAUCAUUUUCUUCAUUAUCAUCAGCAGCUCUUUGUUACUACACACUCAUUCAGCUGAUGUGUAUUCAGCUUUACUUCCACACACAGUAACAGCUCUCACAGGAUCUUGUGUACAGAUACCCUGCACAUUUGAUGUGCCUGAUUUCGAUGAGAAACUGGAGAAAACAAAACAGAUUCAUGGAAUUUGGCUGAUGAAGUCUCCACACUUUGUUCGAGAAAAUAGUUUGGUAGUGUUUAACAGCAGUGAAUUUUCAAAGAUUAUUCAAGGAUUCAGUCACAUAGAGAUGAUUGGAAACCUGACUGAGAGAAACUGCACCACUGUCUUCUAUAACAUCAUGAUGAAUCAUUCAGACGUUUAUUACUUCAGACUGCAAAUGGAGCCAAAUGUGUUCAGAGGAACAUUUAACACCAAUUCAGCUGAUCCAAGUGAUUCAAGCAAGACAGUCAGGAUCAAUGUUACGGAUUCACCAGAUCCUCCUGAACUCAGUUUCACUCCAGAUGUGAAACAACAUGUGCUGGAGGGGACUUCAGUCAGUCUGAGGUGUUCUGCUGAAGCUCCCUGCCCAAAAAAUCCUCCUACAUUAUCCUGGUCUCUCAUCCCCACAUCUGCAAACAUCACAACACAGUUACAAGAGAAACCUGAUAAAACUCAAUCUGUGAUUUCCACAAUGACCUUCAAUGCUUCAUACACGGAUCACAAGAAGAACAUCUCCUGCACUGUAACAUAUUCAACACACAUCUCUAAAGACACAACUGUGGAAAGCACCAUAACGCUACGAGUUCAGUUUCCUCCAAAAAAGACAUCUAUCAGUGUUGAACCAUCUGCUUCAGUCUCUGUGGGCACUAAUGUGACUUUGACAUGCAAAACCAAAGCCAGUCAUUCAAAAAACAUUAGCUACACCUGGUACAAACGUGGACAGGAGACACCUCUAGCCUGGAAGAAUAAUAUUACCCUCAUUGUUACUCAUAAUAAUACAGGAUGGUAUUCCUGCACAGCACAGAAUAUAUUUGGAACCCAGAGUUCAGAAGAGAUCCAGCUCAUAAUAAAAGAGCACAAUGGAUCCUCUAAAUCUGUGAUUUAUGGCUGUACAGGAGGACUUCUGACUUUACUUGUGCUUUCUGCAGGAUCUGUUUAUUGCGUGAGGAUGUCAUCCAGUCGAGACAAUACCAGAGAAAAUCAGAUCACUGAUGACGAAACAAUCAUCAUCUUCUAUGGAGAGACUGAUGUGUCAAGUUUGAAGAACUGCUUCAUCGCAGGAACAAACUUCAGAUGUGAUGAAUUUACAGAAGUACAGUACGCUCAGGCGUCAUAAGUAAUUUCCAUUAAAAAUUAGUCUGUCUCUCAGCCAGGAGUUGAAUACUGUUGUGCUAGCAAAAGUGUUUGAAAAUUGUGCAACAUUUGGAAUUUUUUCAACAUCAAAAAGUAUUUUGUUAAAUUGUUCCUGUCUGUGAUUUAAGAGUUUUAUAUAUAAUGAAAAUAAUAUACAAAAUAAACAGCAGAACAGUAUGAGUAAUGUAAAGACUUUGAUUGUGUUGUAACCAAUUUUCCAUCAAUUUUUUAUGUAUUUUGAAAGAGAUUUAUAAAAUGUUGUAAUUAGAUUUAAAUUGACUUAAAAUGCAGGCUUUUUGCUGCAAGCUGUAUUUCAAACACUUUAAUUUCACCACUUUCAUUUAUUUUUAAAACCGAAUUCUCUUAAUGAUUUAACAUUAAUAUUUUGCACUUCAUACAAACAACAGCUUAAUGUUGCAGCUGAUUCCUUCAUUUACUUGCUCUAAUAAAGCAUUCAUAUACUCUUAUUCAGAGUAAAAUUAA